CCCCCCCGAACAACUCGUCUGAUCCUCAUACGCACACACCUCCUCAUCCUCUCAACCAGCCAGCCACCCACCCAGCAACAAUGGCCGAACCCAUCGCAACAACAACCCGCCGUCUCAAGUCCCUGCGCACCUGCUGCGGCUGCUUCUCGCUCAGGACGGGCACAAUCAUCCUCUCCUCGCUCGCUCUCAUCGGCUCCAUCCUUUCCCUCCUCCUCGAGUGGGACGUCAUCGGCUCCGGCGGCCGCUUCCUCACCCCAGACGACCCCAACUCCCCGGACCCCAUCGACCCCUCCCACCCACUCCCUCCCGUCCAAAAAGUCCGCGCGUUCACCGUCCUCCUCCUCGCUGACUCCGCUUGGGCACUCACCACCAUCGCCUUUUCCGCCCUGGGUCUCUAUGGCGCGAUCCGUAACGACCUUGCUAAAGUCAGGCUGUUUGCUUACUUCAACAUCGUUGAGACCGUUGUAAAGUUCUUGACGGGCGUGGUUAGUCUGGUCGUCUUUGCGGUCAACUGCCGUGACGGGGACGCCGUCGUCACCGGGUUCGGCAAACAUGGCCACGGCCACGGUCACGGUGAACCCUCCCCUACCCCGGCCCCCCUCCCCCCAACAAACCCAGAGCUGCAGCUCUCAUGCGCGAUGCAGACGUGGUCGGUCGCCGUCUCGUUUGUGUUUGGGACCGCGUUGUCGGUUUACUAUGCCGCAUGCGUUUACAGCUACUUUGUGGAUUUGAGGGCCCACCCGACAAAGUAUGGGGUCAGCGGAGGGGUUUAUUUGCCUGUGCAUGACGAUGAUGUGCUUGCUGGUGGGGAGGGUGCGAGGGCGGCGAAUGCGUCCGCUUGAGUGUGAUGUGGGACGAGUCGCAACACUUUCGCCUUUUGCCUACCCCCGUUCAUUUAUCUUGACGAGGUUUGUCUUUUGCCCCUCCGUUUUCAAAGCCUCAAGUUACAGUGUCAUACUUCCUAUAUCCUUCCCUUGUCCCUACAUAUGACGUUACCCCUACCACACGUUAGUCCAGUUUAGGUCUCUUUCUGGCACCGUAAUGCAGAGCAUUUCAUUUUUUUGAUGUCUACUCAUAGUCGAUACAUACCAUCCCCCUUUCUGCAUCCGAUGCGUCUUUCCAGAUGACCCGAUUUGCCCAGUAAGAAAGAACCGCUGCCCGUAUGUUAGAUCUGGAGC